AUGCGACUUCGCGGUGUGUUUCGUGCAGCCAAGCUGCCCAACGGACAACGCGCCAUCGGCACAAAAUGGGUGUUCAAGAUCAAGCGCAAGGCGGAUGGGUCAAUCGAGAAGUACAAGGCACGACUUGUGGCCAAGGGUUUCCGCCAAAAGUAUGGCAUCGACUACACGGAGACGUUUUCGCCGGUAGUCAACUUUCCUAUACGGAGAAAUGAAGAGCAGGUAUUCUGCGCGAUCCCAGAAGGGAUCGAGGUUGAUGAAGACUUUGACUGCUUUGAACUGGUCAAGGCGAUCUACGGACUAAAACAAGCAUCGCGUGUAUGGAACGAGACUUUCCAUGAGUUCGUCUGCUCCACUGGAUUUCAAGUAUCCGAUUUUGACCCGUGUCUUUAUCUCAAGAUUACAAGUGGCGAGUGCGUGCUUUUGCUGGUAUACGUCAAUGAUGUGCUGGUGACUGGCAGUUCGACCGAACUGAUUAUGCGCACCAAGAGUGACUUAAAGGCGCGUUUCGAAAUGACUGACAGCGGCAAGUGCGCAUUCGUGUUGGGCAUCGAGCUGGUGGACAACGACAACGGUAGCGUGACGAUGUGCCAGCGACGCUACGUGGAAGAUCACCGCAGCAAUGAAGUUCUCCACAUCAGCGCCAAGCUCAGCAGUAUCGGUGCCAAGAUGGAGGAUGAGGACGUGGCGAUCUGCUUGUUGUGCAGCCUCCCCAAGAGCUACGAGAAUGUCGUGCUGAACUUGGAGAUGAGCAGCGUGGAACUGCGGACGCAAGACGCCGUGAAAGAGCUGACGAGUGAGUACAUCAAGAGACAAGGAAACAAGGAAACAAGACGACGUCGGUGA